UGCUCUGGGCUGAGGCACUCACUCACACCUGUGUGCUGUUGAAGGUGCUAAUGAAGACAGGUGGGCAGAUCCUACAUUAGAUGGUGUUGCUGGAUUCAGCUGUGCUGUCGCCAGGUGAUCAGCUUGGCCCCAAACUACUGGAGCUAAUCCCUAGAGUGGAGGAUCUGUUCUGGUACACACCCCCACACACACACACUAGCCUGUUGACCACAAGCUGACAGCAACAACUGAGAGGGACCUGAACUGGUGAGAAUCAGGUCUGUGUGUGCAGCAGCGUUGGUACCAUGGACCUCCUCUUCCAGGUGCUCUUCUCCCCUCUUCCCACCCCGGCCAUCGUCUCCCUGUUUGCCCUGGCGGCUGCUGUCCUCUUCUACCUCAACACGCGGCCCUGUCCAAUCCACACUCCGGUUGACCUGAAACACCAGACUGUUGGGAUCAAGGAUGGAGCGAGGAAGACUGCUCUGCUGGAGGAUAACAACAACCUGGUGGCCUACUGUAAUGACGACGCAAAGACUCUGUAUGAGGUUUUUCAGAGAGGGCUGAAAGUGUCAGGAAAUGGUCCAUGUUUGGGCUACAGGAAGCCAGGAAGGGCAUACCAGUGGCUGAGAUACAAACAGGUGUCCGACAGAGCAGAGCAGCUGGGGUCAGGGCUCCUUCAUCAAGGUCUGAAACCAAACAAGGACACUUUCAUUGGCAUCUUUGCUCAGAACCGACCUGAGUGGAUUAUUGGUGAACUGGCCUGUUACACCUACUCCAUGGUGGUUGUCCCCCUGUACGACACCUUGGGUCCCGAGGCGCUUGUGUUCAUUAUCGACCAAGCGGAGAUCUCCACUGUGCUCUGCGACAAUCAGAAGAAGGCAGAAACACUGCUGCAGAACCGUGAGAACGGUCUGAGUUCUGUUCUCAAAACCAUCAUCGUCAUGGACACCUUUGAAAUGGAGAUGGUUGAGAGAGGAAAAAAAGUGGGAGUGGACGUUGUGUCCAUGCAGGAAGUGGAGGAACUGGGGAAAAACAAUCUUCAAAAGCCAGUUCCACCAAAGCCAGAAGACCUGACCAUUGUUUGCUUCACCAGUGGAACUACAGGGAACCCCAAGGGAGCGAUGCUGACUCAUGAGAACGUGGUCUCUGACGCUGCAGGUGUGGUGAAAAGCUUUGAGACAUCAAUUGUCCCAUCAACUCAAGAUAUCAGCAUCUCAUUCCUGCCUCUGGCCCACAUGUUUGAGAGAGUCGUCCAGACCGUAAUGUACGGUGCAGGAGGAAGGGUGGGAUUCUUCCAGGGUGACAUCAGACUACUUCCUGAUGACAUGAAAACCUUACAGCCCACCAUCUUCCCAGUAGUUCCCCGACUACUCAACCGUGUCUAUGACAAAGUCCAGAGCGGUGCAUCGUCUGCUUUCAAGAAAUGGCUCCUGAACUUUGCCGUCGAGAGGAAAUACGCCGAGGUCAGAGAAGGCAUCAUCAGGAAGAACAGCCUGUGGGACAAACUCAUCUUCCACAAAGUCCAGGCGUCUCUGGGCGGACAUGUGCGGGUCAUGGUGACUGGAGCAGCUCCCAUUUCUCCCACCGUCCUGAACUUCCUGAGAGCUGCUCUGGGAUGUCAGAUCUUUGAGGGAUACGGGCAGACAGAGUGCACAGCCGGCUGCACCUUCACCACGUCGGGUGAUGCCACUUCAGGCCAUGUUGGAGUCCCGCUGCCUUGUAAUGUUGUCAAGUUGGUGGAUGUUGAAGAAAUGAACUACUUUGCAUCGAACGGUGAAGGAGAGGUCUGCAUCAAGGGUCUAAAUGUAUUCAAAGGAUACCUGAAGGACCCAGAGAAGACAGCAGAGGCCUUGGAUAAGGACGGCUGGCUCCACACUGGGGACAUCGGGAAGUGGCUCCCGAGUGGAGUUCUGAAGAUCAUUGAUCGCAAGAAGAACAUCUUUAAGCUAGCUCAGGGAGAGUACAUAGCACCGGAGAAGAUAGAGAAUGUGUAUGUACGCAGUGGACCUGUGGCCCAAGUAUUUGUACAUGGAGACAGUCUGCAGUCUUGUCUGGUUGCUGUUGUGGUCCCUGAUCCUGACGUUCUGCCAGACUUUGCCAAAAGUCUUGGGUGUCAAGGCUCCAUUGAGGAACUCUGCAAACGCACAGAAAUUAAGAAAGCCAUUCUGUCGGACAUGACCAAACUGGGCAGAGAAGCAGGCCUCAAGUCAUUUGAGCAGGUGAAAGAUGCCCACCUCCAUCCAGAACAAUUCACCAUUGAGAACGGUCUGCUAACUCCCACACUGAAGGCCAAGAGAGCUGAGCUCAAGGCUCUGUUCCAGCCACAGAUUGAAAAGAUGUAUGCUAAUAUCCAAUGAAGUAACCAAACCCACACCACUAACUUAAACCUGCUGCAGUUGAAACAUUUCACUCCUGGAGUCGUUGUGAUUAAAAACAUGAGUAAAACCCA